UACACUCACGUAAUGGUCUGUUUACGUCCAAUCUGUGGAGUCGCUGCUCUGCUGCUGCUACUGUGACCUGCUGCAGUUUAGUCAACGGGAUAUUAUAGCUGGAUAAAAAUCCCAUCGGGAUUUAAUAUGAUGCCGUUCCGAUAUAUGUGCCCUCACGGUGCAUAGAGUGACCCGGCAGAGGUCGUCAUGGAGUAGCUGUAGUUGAGGGGCUUUGUUAAAGGCAGUACGACUUGGAGCAAAGAACUGGGACAGGGAGACUUUGGUGCUACUAACGUUAGCUAGCUGAGCAACUUAGCUAGACGUUUUUACUGCUGCGACAGGUAUUAUUACAAGUUGUUUUGUGUGUGUGUGUCGCUCCAUGUGUUGUCUUCUUCUGGCCGUCAGCUCACUUUAUAUUGCUGUGUCUUCGUAGUUGUUAUUGUUAGCGUUGGCGUUAGCCGUCAGCUGUCGUUGGCUGCUGCUAGCUAAUGUGUAGCUAUAGUUAUUGCCUCCCAGUGGUGGAAAAAGUAUUCCGAUCUUUUAACGAUUCAUUUAGUAGUUUGAGAUCCAUAAGGGAUUCUCAAAGCAGCAUGGCUCCCAAAGACAUCAUGACCAAUUCCCAUGCCAAAUCCAUCCUCAAUGCAAUGAACUCACUUCGCAAGAGCAACACACUCUGCGACAUCACUUUGAGGGUGGAGAACACUGAUUUUCCAGCUCACCGAAUUGUCUUGGCUGCCUGCAGUGACUAUUUUUGUGCCAUGUUCACUAGCGAGCUUGCAGAAAAGGGGAAAUCUUUUGUCGACAUUCAGGGGCUCACGGCAUCCACUAUGGAGAUCUUGUUGGACUUUGUCUACACAGAGACUGUGCUUGUCACGGUGGAGAACGUACAAGAGCUGCUCCCUGCAGCGUGUUUGCUACAGCUCAAAGGGGUGAAAAGAGCGUGUUGUGAUUUUUUGGAGAGCCAACUCGAUCCUUCCAACUGUCUGGGCAUUCGAGACUUUGCAGAGACGCACAACUGCCUUGACCUGAUGCAGGCUGCUGAGCUCUUCUCCCAGAAGCAUUUCUCCGAGGUGGUUCAGCAUGAGGAGUUCAUGCUGCUGAGCCAGACAGAAGUGGAAAAGCUAAUAAAAUGUGAUGAAAUUCAGGUGGACUCGGAGGAGCCUGUAUUCGAGGCCGUGUUAAAUUGGGUCAAACACAACCGCAAAGAGCGGGAGCCCUACCUGCCAGACAUGCUGGAGUUUGUUCGGAUGCCGCUGCUGACCCCCCGCUACAUUACAGAUGUCAUUGAUACUGAGCCUCUCAUUCGGUGUAGCCUGCCAUGUCGAGACCUUGUUGACGAAGCCAAGAAAUUCCACUUAAGACCGGAGCUGAGGAGUGAGAUGCAAGGCCCGCGCACACAAGCCAGAUUAGGUGCCAAAGAAGUCCUGCUGGUUAUCGGUGGGUUUGGCAGCCAGCAGUCACCAAUAGACAUAGUUGAAAAAUAUGAUCCCAAAACUCAAGAGUGGACCUUUCUGCCUAAUAUUGCACGGAAAAGGCGUUACGUGGCCACCGUUUCUUUGCACGAUCGAGUCUAUGUGAUCGGGGGCUAUGACGGCCGGUCGCGGCUCAGCUCCGUGGAGUGCCUGGACUACACAGCAGAUGAGGACGGUGUUUGGUACACCGUCGCCACCAUGAAUGUUCGGCGAGGCCUUGCUGGAGCUACAACACUUGGAGAUAUGAUCUAUGUUGCUGGUGGCUUCGAUGGCAGUCGGCGUCAUACCAGCAUGGAGCGGUAUGAUCCAAACAUCGACCAGUGGAGCAUGCUGGGUGAUAUGCAGACAGCUAGAGAAGGAGCUGGUUUGGUGGUGGCCAGCGGGCUUAUAUACUGUCUAGGUGGCUAUGAUGGGCUAAACAUCCUGAAUUCGGUGGAGCGGUAUGACCCACACACAGGCCACUGGACUAGUGUCACACCCAUGGCCACCAAACGGUCAGGGGCCGGUGUGGCUUUGCUCAAUGACCACAUUUAUGUAGUGGGAGGGUUUGAUGGCGUUUCACACCUUGACUCCGUCGAAGUCUACAACAUCAGAACAGACUACUGGACCACUGUAGCCAGUAUGACGACUCCUCGGUGUUAUGUAGGAGCCACCGUUCUCCGAGGGCGACUCUACGCCAUCGCCGGAUAUGACGGGAACUCUCUCCUCAGCAGUAUCGAAUGUUACGACCCAGUUAUCGACUCUUGGGAAGUUGUUACCUCGAUGGCGACCCAGCGGUGUGACGCGGGCGUCUGUGUUCUACGAGAAAAGUGACGUUUGCCAAGAACCACAAGAGGAAAAGCAAGCGGGAGGGCAGGCUGCUAAACUGUGCUUAAAUGCCUCUAAAACACAGCCGCAAAGGGAGAUGUCUGUUCACCAGUAUUCAAAUAGAUACCCUCAAAAGAUUAUGAAGCGCAGCAGUUUGGGCCGCCUCCUCCAAAGGACGGUUAACCCUCCGCGACUCGGACCGUGCUACAGAGAUUCAGCUUCACCGUGGUAGACUUACCUCAAAAGAGGCCUCCAAGAAGCCCAUCAGGACAUGCAUGACUCUCUUCUGUGGUACUUGUGUCUGUCGUUACCUGUGAGAUUAUUUUUUCAUUUUGUCUUCAAAGUGCAAUAUAUUUCUACUCAUGAUAAGAAAACAAAAUACAGUGGAGCAGAUUCAGGCUCCAGUUGCUGCUAUAUGCCUUAUGACAUUGGCCUACAUCAAGCGGUGAGCAUCCAUGUUGCCUCCCAUUUGACUUUGAUGAUCGUUGCCCUACAUUAGCUUGUUAUCGGGUGAACUCAUUUGGCAUUUGCAACGUCGUUAAUGAGUCCGUAAUUCAACCCCUACCCGUAAACAGUGCUUUUUAAAUAAAAUAACUUUAAUAUGUUUCAUACAUAUUCUCUCUCGCUCUCUCAGAAGAUAUAUUUAGAGAUGUUUUUGUUUUAGAAAAUGACUGAUUUGUACCCAUUGGUUCUUGAUUCAUUUGUUCCUCGAUUUGGCAACUUUGAAAAUUCAAGUAUGAGGUGCUUGUGAUUUAUUUUUCUUUCCUCAGAGUAUAGAUUUGGAUGUAAAUGUAUGAUACACUCUUAACAUCACUGUUGCCUGGGAAGUAAAUAAACACAAUGAGAACCAG